AUGAAAUACAAGAAGCCCAUGUACGGGAAGAGAGAGAAAGCAAACAGCUGCGAGGCUACGCUCUGUGAAUCAAUGGUGGGUGCCCAUGGAUCCACAGGCAGCAAAAACCCAUUACAAGCAAUCCCUUUGCGGUCCCUCUCAAAAUUAUCACCCAUCAAUCUCUGCAUCUAUUUAUUCAAAACAAUGAAAACAAUGAUAACAACCAACGUUCCAUGGUGCCGGUUAUCGCUUACGGUCACAUCAAACCCCGAGUACAAAACCUGCAAUCCAGUUUCAGCUAGCAUCUCAAAACUUUCAAGCAACUUUUGGGCAAAUUCAAGAUUUACCAGUAGCUGUUUUUCAUCAGCCUCAGGCUAUGAAAAAGAACACAAAAAACUCGAAGCCAAACAAGAUGUGCUAGAACCAUUGUGGGAUGAUGGCUAUGGGACUCAAACUGCGAAAGACUCUUUAGAAGCAGCAAAAGACAUGAUCAAGUUCGACUACUUCAGGGUGUUUGGGGCCGCACCCGCCACAUCAGCAAAUUUAUUCAAGCUGCUGUCUAGAAAGUCGCACGUGCUUCUGUACCUAAGCAGGAUACGGGAGGCCCUGCACAAGAAGGGAGAGGAGUGUGGGCUGUUCUGA